GGGGUUGAACUGGCCAGAGAUGGUGUCACUAUCAAUAUUCUGAGAAGAGAAGCCUCUGGCAGGGCUGGAAGCAUAGGUUCUGCUAUCAAUGCUUCCUACUCUAGAAAGCUUUCCUUCAUGAGGCUCUUCUUUACUGGCCUUCCCACCCCACCCAUGACCUCACCUUUGGUUCAGGAGCCUGAGCUCCACUCCCACCUGCCUGAGGUCCUUAACCUUGUGUGUCAUAUCUGGUCCUUGAGACUCAGCUCCCUCCUCUAUAAACUAGAGGUGGUAACAGGGCCUCCCAGUGGCAAGGAUUAGGGGUGUGUGUGAUGCAUGGGAAGUCCCAGGCACCAGACUGUGUUUGGUCAAAAGUCCACACUCACAAACCACCUCUCUGCUGUUUGAUGCCCGCUCUGCCCUGACUCACGCCCAUACAUUUAUCUGUCUUCAGACUAGCUUGGUCCAGGACAGAUAAAACAACUCUACUCCAUGCCCUGGACCAAUCCAGCACUCACAGAUAUAAGGACUCUCAGCCUCCCCAGUGGCUGUUUAAACUCUGGUAUUUCAUGGGUACUUGAGGGUUGCUCCCAGGCUGUGUGGGGCUCUGGGGGAAAGAGCAAAAUGUCAGAGCAGUGUCAGAUGCCUGCUGUUCCCUGGGAGGAGCUGGCAGCCGCUCAACUUAUGACAGUGCUCAGUGUGGGAUACAUGAUUGUCACAAUAAUGGUUACUAUUAGCUGAGAGUGACACCUUGGUCCCUAGAGCCCCCCAUGCCUGAAGGAAGGGUGUGAGGUGCUUUUCUGGGCAUUCUCUGUUCAUGGGCAAGGCUGAAUCCAGACCUGAAGACAGACCUGAACCCAGCUAAGAGCGAGGUAUAAGAGAUUUCAGUGCCUGGGCUGAGCCUGAGGGCCACUGGGGUUUGGGACUAGGGCCCCUAGAACUGCCUCUUCCUGUCAAGACCUUGGGAAGUAUUGGCAACUGCAGUCAGGACAGGCAUGAUCCAUACUGCCUCUUUGAUGAAGGACUUGGAGCUCAGAGAGGUGAAAUCUCAUCAGAUACCUCCUCCCAGAGCUGGUCAGGUUUUCCGCCUCCAGGAGGCCUCCCAGGCUGGGUUACUUGCUCUCUGGGCUCCCAGAGAUUUUAGACAAACCUUGGUCUCUGGUUGUGUCUUAGAAUCUUGAAGCCUUGGAGUUUGGCAAGUCUGCAUUUGGACUCUGGCUCUGACUGCCCCCUGCUAACUGUGUGACCGUGGACAGAUGAGUUCACCUCUCUGAGCCUUGGUUUCUUCACCUUGUGAGUGGGCUAAUCCUGGUGCUUCCUGCCUAGGGCAGGCGUGCAACUUAAAUGAGGUGCAGCUUGAGGAGCAAUUAACCUCCCUGCCCCACUUGCCUUCCUGUCCCUUCCAUGGCCUUUGAGCCUAUCCCAGACUCUCUGCAGGGCUCUGCGGCUGCUUGUGUCCUUUAUCCAAGGACACCUGAGACCUUGCUGAGCCCUUGGAUGAAGGAGCUGCCUGGCUGCUGAGGUCUAGAGACAGUCAGGGACCACCCAGAGGGUGCUCCUGGCAGAGGGCCAAGGCAGCACCUGCAAGGUAUAGACACAUGCCACCUGCUAUCCCCAGGGAGGGAGCUCAUGAAUAUUCACACCGGCUGGAGCGUGAGGGAGCCAGCCAGAAUACUGCUGGGUGUCAUUGGAGCGUUCCUGUUUCCCAGUGACCGCAGAGGCAGCCUGAGAGUCAGACGUGGCUCAUACAGGGAGAGGAAAGGGGCAACCAGCUACGGCCCGAGUUGUCUGAGAUGCCGCUGCCGCAGAAGAAGCGCUGGGUGUCCAUGGCCAAGGGGCUGGUGCUAGGAGCACUCUUCACUAGCUUCCUGCUGCUGCUGUACUCCUAUGCUGUCCCCCCGCUGCACGCUGGCCUGGCCUCCACGACCCCAGAGGGCACAGCACCCUGCUCCCCAGCCCCGGGUGAGCCAGAGGUGCCCACCCUCGCCAACGGCUCUGCAGGAGGGUGCCAGCCUCGGCGCGACAUCGUGUUCAUGAAGACGCACAAGACGGCCAGCAGCACGCUGCUCAACAUCCUGUUCCGCUUUGGCCAGAAGCACGGACUCAAGUUCGCCUUCCCCAACGGCCGCAACGACUUCGACUACCCGGCUUUCUUCGCCCGCAGCCUGGUGCAGGACUACCGGCCCGGGGCCUGCUUCAACAUCAUCUGCAACCACAUGCGCUUCCACUACGACGAGGUCCGGGGCCUGGUGCCCCCCAACGCCACCUUCAUCACUGUGCUCCGUGACCCAGCCCGCCUCUUCGAGUCCUCCUUCCACUACUUCGGCUCAGUGGUGCCCUUCACGUGGAAGCUCUCGGGCCAUGACAAGCUGGCCGAGUUCCUGCAGGACCCAGACCGCUACUAUGACCCCAACGGCUACAACGCCCACUACCUCCGCAACCUGCUCUUCUUCGACCUGGGCUACGACAGUGGCCUGGACCCGGGCAACCCGCAGGUGCAGGAGCACAUCCUGGAGGUGGAGCGCCGCUUCCACCUGGUGCUCCUGCAGGAGUACUUCGACGAGUCCCUGGUGCUGCUCAAGGACCUGCUGUGCUGGGAGCUGGAGGAUGUGCUCUACUUCAAGCUCAAUGCCCGCCGCGCCUCAGCCGUGCCGCGCCUCUCCGGGGAGCUGUACCAGCGCGCCACGGCCUGGAAUGUGCUGGACGCCCGCCUCUACCGCCACUUCAACGCCAGCUUCUGGCGCAAGGUGGAGGCGUUCGGGAGGGAGCGCAUGGCCCGCGAGGUGGCCGCCCUGCGGCGCGCCAACGAGCGCAUGCGGCACAUCUGUAUCGACGGGGGCCGAGCCGUGGAUGCCGCCGCCAUCCAGGACUCGGCCAUGCAACCCUGGCAGCCGCUGGGCGCCAAGUCCAUCCUGGGCUACAACCUCAAGAAGAGCAUCGGGCAGCGGCACGCGGAGCUUUGCCGUCGCAUGCUCACGCCUGAGAUCCAGUACCUGAUGGACCUCGGUGUCAACCUGUGGGUCACUAAGCUCUGGAAGCUCAUCCGGGACUUUCUCAAGUGGUGACAUCCGGCCCACCGGCAGCCCCCUCUGCCCGCUGCAUCGCUGAGGAGGGGCCGGGCAGGGGCCUGCUGGCCUCCCCUAUGCCCUCCUGGUGCCACCCCGGCUCUGGGGGUAAGGUGGGGCUGCUGCAGGGGCGCAGCCAGCCAGGACUGGGCCCAGGCACACAGGGCCUGAGAUCAGUAUUUGACUAGUUAUAGCUUUUUUAAAAGUUAAAUCUCCUCCCCUCCAAAAACGAAUGUUCUGUUUCCUGCCUCCUCUUAAAGGGGAGACUUGAGAAGUAAAAGAAUUUGAUGUUGUGUUUUUUGUUAA